CGUUAAACGAACCUCGAGUUGGCAGGCACCAACACAUCUAUCGCCGUCAUCACUGCCGUGGAUCCGACGAAUUAUAUACUCGCUUACUUACAUAUGUAAUAACCCCUGCUAUAACCUUACAUACACAUUUGUAACUAAGGGAAAGCCAUUUCUUCCUCACGGCGGUAGUCUGUGUAGUCUGUGCGGUAUCAAAGAGUCAAAGAUCGUAUCCGAAUAUAGACCUGGGAUGGACCGCAGAUCAUGACGCCCGAUCAAAUCCAGGUCCUCUUUCAGGAUAUCCCCGACGACGAGGAGUCGAGAGUCCAGAAGCUCGAACAAGUCUUCGAGGAUGCCCAGGCACUUCAGCAUGAGAAACCCCUUGUGUUCCAGAGCCUAGCAGAGGAAAUUGCUAUCGGGAGCCGAGAAGUACGAUGGAGAAUACCGCUUGGGAAAUCAGGCCUGUUAGAAUUUUUUCUCGGUAUCAUAAAAGGAGACGAUCUAGAUCCGGAUCUCACGUCAUUAGCACUUCGUAUCAUAGGAAACACUUGUGCAGAUCAAGAUGAGAACCGACAACUCGUUGUCGACUCGGGCCGUCUACCUGACCUCGUUAAACUAUUGACUCAUGAUACCUUACUACAAUUCGCUAUCCCGGUGUUAUAUAACAUCUGUGUAGACUAUGAGCCUGCCCAGAUAGCAGCAUCUAAAGCGAACUUGACCAAAGCUAUAAUCGACUUUCUCACGAACCCGGAGUUGCAAGAUAAGGCUUCACCAUAUCUAUAUAAACUAGCGGGCCUUGUAGCAACUCAAGACGUCGAGCCUGACUUAUUCGUCCCUCAAGCCCCCUAUGUCCUCCUAUCUCGCGCCGUUUCGGAAGCCUCGAACCCAGAAUCAGCAGAUCUGGAAAGCUUCGUAGGACUAUCCAUUGCCGCACUAUCAUACCUCUCCCACCAAAACUUCCAAGAGAGCUUCCUGGAAACCCCAGACGGCAUACAAGCUUUCUUAGCAGCGUUCCAAACCGCCAUAGAAGGCCCGCGUAUCUUCGAGAUCGAAGACGCCGACGACAGAGCGCAACUCAACCAACUGCAAGCGACGUACACCCAGACUCUCGCAGACCUAUCCGCGAACCCCUUGUUUGUAUCCCUCUGCCCCCUAGACGGACCCCUCGCCUCAUCACUCCUGCAAUGGCUCUCCCUACCGCACCACGUCCAACUGCAAACAGCAGCGUGUCUCGCGCUCGGCAACCUCGCGCGCUCCGACGCCUCCAGCAUCGCCCUAGUACAAGACCUAUCCAUCCACAAACCCUUGCUCGCCAUCCUCUCGCCGGCGGCAGAGUCCGACACCUCCACCUCUCCAACCCUGGACCUGCAGCUCCUGCACUCAGCCCUCAGCUUUCUGAAGAACCUGUCCAUACCCGCAAGCAACAAGGCGGUCCUCGGCUCCGCCGGCAUCCUCGACGCGGCCCUGCUGCCGCGGACCUGGGCCAUGGACACGCAGCCGCAGAUCCAAUUCGACGGCGUAUCGCUCGCGCGCCUGCUCCUCGUGAACUGCGGCGCGAACGUGCGCCGCGUCUGCGUCUGCGCGCCGGGAUCCUUCUCCUCCUCUCCGACGCCGCUCGACGCGCUGAUGGACGUGCACCGCAAGGCGGACCAGGACCCGAUUAAGAUGGAGACGGCGCGCGCCGUAGCCAACAUCUGUCGAGUCCUGUACUCCUCCGAGCCCUUGGGCUCCGCACUGGUCCCCCUCCCCGACACAACCUCCGAUACGGCGCCUCCUACCCCCCCGGAAGAGGAAACCUUGCCCCUACUGGACGCGUUCUUCGCGGCGCACCCGGCACUCGCAGACACGCUCCUGUACCUCGGCCUGCAAACCAAAUUCCCCGUCCUCCGGUCCGAGCUGUGGUUCGUGCUGGCGCUAAUGGCGCGCUCCGCAUCCGGCGCCAGCGUGGUAGCGCGGUUCCUGGGCCAGCGGCCCGAGAUAGUAAACGUGCUCGCCGAGGCCGUUACCGGCGAAAAGGUGUCCGAGACCCAAGACCAAGCAGCCCAGGACGCAACCGACAAGAACGCGCCGGAAGAAGAAGAAGAACAGCCGGGGUCGAUGCCCGAUCUCUCGGCCCUGAGCGGACUAGGUCAGCUGGAGCCGCAGCAGGUUGACCCGGCGAAGGCGGCGACCAUGGAGAAGGUAGACCGGGAGAACGGGCUUGUGCUGAUAGCCGAGCUGUUGAAGCGGUGUCCGGAUGAGCUGCCCGCUUUGGCGAGGAGCAGGUUUGGGCGGAUAUUGAAGACGGGUGGGGAGUUGGUACUUGGGGAGAAGAGUGAGGCAUAGUAGGGAGACUCGCUCCGUAGAAUGCAAAUUUGCUUGGCUUGAUUUGGCUUGUCCUAAAUCUGUGAGUUGGUUGUUCUUAAAAGGUGAGGUUUGGAGUUGUAAACGCCUAGACUAUAAAUCCUGAUAGAUAUGAUUGUCAGAAGGUGCUCCUACCAAUCCUUGGAAAGGUUGUUCAGCAAAUGGACCUAUUAUAAUAUUAUCCCCAGAUUCAUGUGGUACUUCACGGCUUCACAUCAAACUG